AUGGAUACUAUGCCUGAUGAGAAGCGAGAAGCUAUCCCAGCUAUUGGGUUCUAUCCACAUGAGCCUAUUAGUACUGGUACAACUUUAAUUGCUAUGGAAUAUGAAGGUGGAGUAGUUGUCGGAACCGACUCCAGAACAAGUGCUGGAAGCUUCAUCUCUUCUCGUGCUACCAACAAAAUUACUCCAAUCACCGAUAAUUUGGUUGUUUGCCGAUCAGGAUCUGCUGCUGAUACUCAAGCUAUUGCUGAUAUUGUAAAGUACUAUCUUGAGGUUUUCAGUUUGAGAGAACGUUCUCCAGUCUCUGUCUACCGUGCUACUCAAAUUUUCCGUUGGUUCUUGCAUAAAUAUAGAGAGUCUCUCUCAGCUUCCGUUCUUGUUGCUGGAUGGGAUGCCAAUGAAGGUGGUCAAUUGUUCGCUAUUCCUUUGGGAGGAUUUGUAACUCGUCAACGCUGCACUGCUUCUGGAUCUGGAUCUACCUUCGUCCAAGGAUUCUUGGAUAACGCUUGGAAGCCAAAUUUAACAAAGGAAGAAUGUAAAGCUAUCGUUAAGCAAGCUGUUGGUCUUGCUGUCUUCAGAGAUGGAUCUUCUGGAGGAGUUGUUAGAAUUGCAACCAUUGAUAAGGAAGGAACCACUUUGGAACUUUUCCGCCCAGACAAGCCUGGAUUCCCAACUGUUGUCGUCCCACCAACUUACUCUUCUCUCACUACCGAGCUCUAA